AUGACCUCCCAACAGGUUCUCUUUGCCGAGACUAUAGCUGGCAUGAAAAAGGCCUUCAAGCGAAAAGCCUACGACUCCGACUCAGACUCCGAAAUCGAAAGCUACGGCAACCGAGGGCACAAACUCCAGAGGCGGGCUCGCUUCGCACACAGAGGCCAGCUCAUCCCUACUGAAGGCCCCAGUGCUUACAAGGAGGAAGUCGAUUACGCUGGCGUUCGACGAUCCAUCAUCCACCGGAACCCCCCCCUGGUCGACUGGGAAGGGUACGAAGUCGACAGCGACGAUGACGACGACCGUAUCGAAGAAGCCAUGGCUUCGGCCGCGGAGUUGGAUCCCUAUGCCAACAUCCGUCUAGAGAUGUCGUCGACAGAUGUGCUCGCACCAUUGACCGCGUCAACCGACUUGCCAAACCACCCGACCCUCUCCCAGCCCUUUACCUCGCAGAGUCUGACCAACCUGGUCCAGCACAGCAGCGCCAUGAUGCGCAGAGAAAACGCAUCUCUCUGGAAGGUCCGCCACCUCUGGACGGCGCUAUGCGGCGACCACAUCUGGAUCCCCUGCGAGGCCAUGCUAGCCCCCAAUGACGUCGAGCUGUAUACGGACGACCAUGUGGCCCGACACCUUCUCAGCCUGUCCAAGGGCACCACAACUGUGGGCGAAGACGGACGCAAACAAGGCGAUGCUCAGGAAGAAACUAACGGCGACGAGGACGUUUCGAUGAGCGAUCCGGUGGACGAGAACAAUAACAGAAACGCCGGGCCCAGGGCACCGGGUGCUAGACGGCAUGGUGACGAGAAACCAAAAGAAGAAGGGGACGAUGGCGGUGCGCAUGGCCUGGCCAACGGACACGCUGCCGCAAACGAACCCGCGGAUGCCAACCGUGCUCCCGCGUCAAUGGUAUCAGAAGGCACCGAGAAGGCGUUUGUCCAUCCCAUGUUCCUGCCACCUGCGGGAUCCAAGGCGGACCGCAACCUUGGGGUGCCGGAGAACGAGGCCGAGGACGUGCGCAGGCUGCUCUCAUUCUUCGUCCAAAAGCAGGAGGAGGUAUGCCGCGGUGCGCACCGUCUUUAUGAAGGCCUGACCAAGGCGCAGCGCCUGCGCCGGAACGUACUCCACUGGUCCAAGGCAGAGGCGCAUUCGGGCGAGAACAGGGACAUGUCUGAUGGAGAAGACUGGUACGACAAGGAGGAAUGGGGCUUGACGGAAGACCUCAAGAAGGGGCAGGACGACGAGGAGGAGGAUACGACAACGACUUCCAAAAAGACAAGGACACGACGGUGA